AGCACGAGUCGAGUCUGACGACAGCAGAGUUUCGCCUUUCACUCGAGGAAAAAAAAAAAAAAAGUCGCAGGAUCCUCGAGAAGAGCCUCGGAGUUUAAACGACGCCGAGCCCUCGAGUCCGUCACAGCCGCCGCGAGCGUCCCCAAAGCAGGAGCUGGAUUUAUUUCCUUCGAAAGUCCCGAGACUCAGGGAUCCGCGGUGACCCGAUGCGCGCACCGAACAUCCAGAGCUAAAAGCAGUGAUGGCAUCUUACCAUAGCUUGGACGAUGACGCAAUGGCUUUGAUGGUCCACGACACGAACGCGGUGAAGAAAGAAGAGGAGUUCGCGAAGGACGCGCCGCUCCAAGAGCCGGCUUCCGAGAAGGCGGACGCGUCUCAGAAGCCGCCUUACUCCUACGUGGCUCUGAUCGCCAUGGCCAUCCGGGAAAGCGCGGAGAAGCGGCUGACCCUGUCCGGGAUCUACCAGUACAUCAUCACCAAGUUCCCGUUCUACGAGAAGAACAAGAAGGGGUGGCAGAACAGCAUCCGACACAACCUGAGUCUCAACGAGUGCUUCAUCAAAGUUCCGCGCGAAGGCGGAGGGGAGCGAAAGGGCAACUACUGGACUCUGGAUCCGGCCUGCGAGGACAUGUUCGAGAAGGGCAACUACCGGCGGCGGAGGCGCAUGAAGCGUCCCUUCAGGCCGCCGGCGGCUCACUUCCAGCCGGGCAAGGCUCUCUUCGGCGGGGAGGGAUACGGAAGCUUCCUCCCCGCGCCCAAGUACCUCCAAUCCGGCUUCAUGAACAACAGCUGGCCGCUCGCGCAACCGGCGCCGCCGAUGAGUUACGCGUCUUGCCAGAUGGCCAACGGCAACAUGGGUGCCAUGAAAGGACUGUCGGGUCCGUCGUACAACCCCUACAGUCGAAUGCAAGCCAUGGGGCUGCCGAACAUGAUGAACUCGUACGGCGGGAUGGGGCACCACCAGCACCAGGCCUCGCCGGCGGCGCAGCAGCCUUCGCCGGUUCCGUCCAACUCCGCGGCCGCCCUGCAGUUCACCUGCUCCCGCCAGCCGCCGGAGCUCUACUCGUACUGGGACCACGAGGUCAAAAACUCGUCGUUGCAUUCGCGGAUUGACAUUUGAACGGCGAGAGCGCGCGCGGAGGGUUCGCGCAUCGGGCAAACAGGGUAACGUUGUGUUGCUGAAGAACGAACGCGUAUCUGAACAGACCUCGGCCCCCGUAGAUGUUCUGGACUGCGUGGAUAAUUUUGUUCUUUUUUAUUCUAAAUCAGUAGUUUGUGAUGCGAUCGCGACACGACAGACGUGCCCUGAUCGAAAGCGCGUCGGCGAGAUUGUUUGGGACCAUUGUGAUUUUUACAUUUUUAUUUUUUGGAUUGUCAAACCAGCACUUAUUCAUUUCUGAUUGCUUUCAAUAAACUGUUUUGAUUAAAA